AUGGGCUCUUCUCGUUUCCCAUCAUCUUCAUCGCCGUCAUCAUCGAAAUCGUCGGCCUCUACAGCAUCCACGUCGUCGAAUGGAAAUUACUCAACGCUCCGCAAAGCGAUUGAUGAUGAGAAAAGCCGAUCUCGUGGCUCGAGUCUUUCGAAAAUGAAACAAGAAAAGCAUCAAAAAGAACACCACGAGAGAAAGGGAAAGAAAUGUCAUGAAAAUUGUUGCGAGAAGUGUGGUUAUCCGUGCAAAACCGAGAAGAAAGACGACAAGAAAGGCGGUUCGAAAUGCAAGUCGCUUGCCGAGAUCGACCGAUACGAGUAUCGAGUGAAGACGGAGUUCGAGAUCUCAGGCGUUGGAUCGAUCCCUGUGCUCAAAGGUGAUCCGAAAUGGUUGGCUGAGAAAGUUCAGUGUUUCAUCGCUGAAAAAGCCCGUUUAAUGACACCGGCCGCCAUCUACAUUUGCAAUGGAAGCAUUUUUGAGGCCGACGAGCUGCUGGGUGUGCUGAAGAAACAAGGUGUGGUCGAGACGCUGACCGCGUAUCGGAAUGUUCACCUCGUGCGCACUGAUCCCGAAGAUAUGGCACGAGUCGAGAAAGCCACCUACAUCACGCACAACAGCAUUGAGGCUAUCGUUUCCGGAGGAGAAUCGUCGAAGUCACAGCUCGUCAAUUACAUGCAUCCGACGACACUGGAGACCGAGUUGGACGUGCGCUUUCAGGAAUGCAUGCGAGGAAGAGUCAUGUACGUCAUUCCCUUCUCGAUGGGCCCGGUGAGCGGAGAAAAUUCGAUGAACGCCGUACAAUUGACCGACUCGCCUUAUGUGGUCAUCAAUAUGCGAAUGAUGACAAGAGUUUCCUCUUCGGUGUGGGACUCGAUCGGCGAUUCCGGCUCGUUUGCUCGUCUCAUUCAUUCGAUCGGUGUGCCUCGUCCAUCAUUUCGUGUACUCAAACAGAAUUGGCUUUGUGCUGUUGAAAAGAUGCUUAUUGCACAUCGACUUGAGGAAAAUGAGGUGUGGAGCUUUGGAAGUGGAUAUGGAGGGAAUUCGUUGCUGGGCAAAAAGGCUUUAUCGUUGCGUCUCGCCUCGUGGAAAGGCAGAAAAGAAGGAUGGUUGGCUGAACAUGCGGCCGUGCUUUCGAUCACUGAUCCAUCCGGCCGUGAAUCGUUCAUCACCGUGCACGCUCCGUCGGGUGGUGGAAAAACGGCGUUCGCUUUCUCGGAGCCAACGAUUCCCGGAUGGAAAAUCAAAAUUCUUGGCGAUGACAUUGCCUGGAUUCGGCAGGAAAAAGAUGGACGGCUUUAUGCGAUGGCUCCAGAAAAUGGAAUGUUCGGCAUUGCGCCUGGCCUCGAUCCGAAAAAACAUCCAGCUGCGAUGAAGAUGCUUGAACAGGACGCCCUUCUUGUCAACACCGCCUCGACGAGCACCGGGAAAAUGUUUUGGCGAAAUGGCAUGGAGUUGAGUGAGAAGGAGACAGUUCGUGAUUGGCAAGGACUCGAGUGGACAUCAGCUGUUACACAAUCACCCGCUCAUCCGAACGCUCGCUUCACGGUUUUCAUGGAAAAAUAUCCGAAUGUGCAUCCGUUGUGGGAUUCGCCGAAAGGAGUGCCGCUGACUGCAAUGAUUUUCUGCUCGCGACGCGAUGAUGCUUACCCGCUUUGCGUGGAGACGGACGACUGGGAUGAGGGAGUGACGAUGGCGGCCGCGAUUCGAGCUGUAGCAAGUGCUGGAAGUGGACGAAAAGAUUCCCCAGCCUCUUCACUGCACAACGAUCCGAUGGGAAUGCGCCCGUUCUUGGCCUACAAUUUCGCUCACUACCUCAAGCAUUGGAUCGAUGUGGGACGAUCGGCUACAAAGCCUCCAAAAAUCUUCCAUGUGAACUGGUUUCGGAAAUCGAGCGACGGAAAAGCUUUGUGGCCUGGAUAUGGAGAGAACAUUCGCGUUAUCGAGUGGAUCUUGAAGCGAUGUGCGGCACAAAAUGGACAACCUGGACAAGCAACGGCUCUAUCGGGGUCUGACAUAACUGCUGCAACAGCCAUAGCACCUGCUGCCACGGAUUCUGCUCCUGCUCCAGUGAUGAAAGAGUACUUGGACGUAACAAUUCCAACGGAAAACCCAUCGUGUCCUCCAACCGCCGCAACAAAAUCCGCUCAAAUCAAGACUAAACCAUGUGCCAGCGGAAAUGCGCUCAAAGUUCCUGGUGGAUACAUUCCGAAGAUGAUCAAUGCUCAGGGUCUCGAUGCUGCCCAGAUUCAACAGGUUUUAAGCUAUGAUCGUCAGUUUUGGAAAGAUGAGGUGGCUUACAUGAGGAAAUUUUUCGCCAACGAGAUGGGCCUUGAGACACCAAAAGAGAUCCUAGCUGUUGUCGAGAAUUUGGAGAAACAACUCGCA